AUGCUAGCCCGCCGCGGCGUAAUAGCCGACCAGCUCACCGACUCCCAAGUCCAAGAAGUCCUCGACAACAGCCCCAGCACCCAUGAGACCUUACGAUCACAAUCCCAAACACGAUCACGAUCCCGUUCACAGUCCACAUCCACCCAAAAUCCCUUUCCCUUAGAACCCCAAUCCCAAGCCCAAGCGCAGCAAAGCCAAACCACCACCACCGCCUCAAAACCCAGCGACAUCUUCUCCCCCGCCACCAUGGAAUCCGCUUCCACCAAGAAACCUCUACUACAAGGAUCCCAAGGAGGAAAACGUCACAACCACCACCAGUGGGACGCUCUCCCCGGCAUCACUUCCGAAGCAGAAGUCAUAAGACAGGUGAAGGAGAUGCAGCGCGAGCAAGAGCAGUGGGAACGGGGAAGGGGAUAUGCCGAUAGUCAUGAGUAUGGGGGGAUUAAUCGGCCGCAGUCGCAGUCGCAGAAGCCGAAGGCGGUGGUGGAGGGGCUGGAAGGAGGGCUGGUGGGGAGUACGGUUACUUUCAGGGAACAAAGUAAAGGGCGGGGACAGGAUGAGGAGGGACAGCAUAAGGGGAAGCAGGAUAAGGGGAAGCAGAGGGAGAGAAGUGAAAGUAGAGGUCGGAGGGGACGUGCAGGGGAAAGAAGUCAUGAGUCGAAUACAACGGCGGGAGAUUUUCAGAGUCAGAGUCAGAGUCGUUCGAGGGAGCGUUCGUUGUUGGUUGGGACUGGAGGAGGAGAAAGAACAGCAACAGAGGGAUAUGACCCCGUUGAUUACGAUCGGGGAGCGUAUGUGGAGACUAGUAGAGUUGGGUUGGAGUAG